AUGAAAAUCAGCAGAAUGAAUAUUACUUCAGCAGCUGGUAUAAUCUCCUUGUUGGAGGAGCCGAUGCCUGAAUUGAAAGUCUUUGCCUUGAAAAAAUUAGAUAUGAUAGUCGACGAAUUUUGGCCUGAGAUAUCUGAAGCUAUAGAAAAAAUUGAGAUCCUUCAUGAAGAUAAGUCAUUCCAACAACAUGAGUUGGCUGCUCUAGUUGCUAGCAAAGUAUAUUAUCAUUUGGGGAGUUUUGAGGAUUCGCUGACUUAUGCUCUUGGAGCAGGAGAGUUAUUUGACGUUAAUGCUCGAAAUGAAUAUGUUGAUACUACUAUUGCCAAGUGUAUUGAUUAUUAUACUCAGCAACGUGUCUUAGAGGCAGAAGGAAAACUUCCACCAGGUAGUAAGGGCAUUGAUCCUAGACUGGAGGGAAUAGUGAAUAGAAUGUUCCAACGCUGCCUAGAUGAUAAUCAAUAUCGUCAAGCUCUAGGUCUUGCCCUGGAAACACACAGGAUGGAUAUAUUUGAAGCGGCCAUUAUGCAGUCCGACGACGUGAGUGGAAUGUUAUCAUAUGCCUUCCAAGUGGCUAUGAGCCUGAUUCAGAAUCGUGGAUUUCGCAAUACCGUACUCCGCUGUUUGGUCAGUCUCUAUCGAAACCUUGACACUCCCGAUUAUGUCAACAUGUGUCAGUACUUAAUCUUCCUGGACGAUCCACUAGCUGUGGCUGAGCUUCUGGACCGAUUAAGCAAGGGUUCACACGACUGCGUAUUGAUGGCCUAUCAGAUUGCCUUCGAUCUGUAUGAGUCAGCAACCCAACAGUUUCUCGGUCGUGUUUUACAAGCUCUGCGAACCACUGCACCCAUUCCGGGUGCAUUGAUGGUUAAACCGGUGGUUAAACCAUCUGCUACUACAUCUGCCAAAACCACUGAAGCUAGUGCAGAGUCCACGAAUAUGGACGUUGAUGAGAAAACUGUUGCUCCUGCCGGAGAAGAAAAGGCUCAACGUAGUGUCGAAAGUUUGAAUGCGGAAGAGAGAGAACAACAAGAGCGAGUAGAUGCUCUGUCCAGUAUUUUGGGCGGCGAGGUAUCUAUCGAUUUACAUUUGCAAUUCCUGAUUCGCAGCAAUCACACCGAUAUGUUGAUCCUGAAAAACACCAAGGAUGCCAUACGAGUUUCAAUUUGCCACACUGCUACUGUCAUUGCGAAUGCUUUCAUGCAUUCUGGGACAACUAGCGAUCAAUUUUUGAGGGAUAAUUUGGAAUGGUUGGCUCGUGCUACUAAUUGGGCGAAGUUGACUGCGACGGCUUCUUUAGGAGUUAUUCAUCGAGGUCAUGAGCAAGAAGCUUUAGCCUUGAUGCAGUCUUAUUUACCGAGAGAUUCUGGUGCCGCUGGUGCCGGAUACUCUGAAGGUGGUGGUUUAUAUGCUUUGGGACUUAUACAUGCUAAUCAUGGAGCCGCUAUCACAGAUUACCUCCUAGGUCAAUUGAAAGAUGCCCAAAACGAGAUGGUUCGUCAUGGUGGCUGCCUCGGUCUUGGAUUAGCUGCAAUGGGUUCGCAUAGACAAGACGUUUAUGAACAAUUAAAAUUCAAUUUAUAUCAAGAUGAUGCCGUGACUGGUGAAGCGGCUGGAAUCGCUAUGGGAAUGGUUAUGCUGGGAUCUAAAUCAACGCAGGCAAUCGAAGAUAUGGUUGCGUAUGCCCAAGAGACGCAACAUGAGAAGAUUUUACGUGGUUUGGCGGUCGGCAUCGCCUUUACAAUGUACGGUCGUCUCGAGGAGGCCGAUCCCCUGGUGACAUCUCUGUGCGCCGACAAGGAUCCGAUCCUGCGUAGAAGCGGCAUGUACACUCUAGCGAUGGCCUAUUGUGGCACUGGAAACAAUCAGGCCAUUCGCAAACUCCUGCACGUUGCCGUCUCUGAUGUUAACGAUGACGUUCGACGAGCCGCGGUUACAGGUCUGGGCUUCCUGCUGUUCCGGUCAACUUAUGAAAUUAUGAGAUUUUCCUCGGAAGGAUCGCCUCGUGUCAGGAUUACAGAAGGACGUUGGAUCGAGUGGGCAGGAUUCACUGGGAAUUAG